GCGCCAGGCACCAGGACCAGAGGGACCCGGGAAGCGGCCGGAGCUGGGCUGGACCGUCGGCCGCCCGCCCGCAGCCUCCGCGCCCCCGCCUCCCCGGCUGGCCGGCGGCUUCGCGGCGUCCGAGGAAGGUGCUAAGUCCCGGGGUCCCCGGGGACACCCUGGCCGUCCCGUCGCGGCUUUGCCCGCACACCUGUGCGCGCUUUGUCUAAAAUGAAGAAGUUUAAUUUCCGAAAAGUUUUGGAUGGCUUAACUGCCUCUUCCCCUGGCAGUGGGAGCAGCAGCGGCGGUAACAGUGGCGGGGCUGGAGGUGGCUCCGCACAUCCAGGAGGGACUGCAGGGGUUCCGAGAGAGGAAAUUCAGGAAAGUCUGACUUCAGACUAUUUCCAGAUUUGCAAGACAGUUCGGCAUGGUUUUCCUUAUCAGCCCACAGCAUUGGCUUUUGAUCCAGUUCAGAAAAUCUUGGCUAUUGGAACAAGAACAGGUGCUAUACGAAUACUUGGGAGGCCUGGUGUUGACUGUUACUGCCAGCACGAGAGUGGUGCGGCAGUCCUGCAGCUUCAAUUCCUGAUCAAUGAGGGCGCUUUGGUUAGUGCGAGUUCAGAUGAUACGCUUCAUUUGUGGAAUCUGAGACAGAAAAGGCCAGCCAUCCUUCAUUCUCUGAAGUUUAACAGAGAACGAAUUACUUACUGUCAUCUACCUUUCCAGAGUAAAUGGCUCUAUGUUGGAACAGAAAGAGGAAAUACACAUAUUGUAAAUAUUGAAUCUUUCAUUCUUUCUGGAUAUGUCAUCAUGUGGAACAAGGCAAUUGAACUAUCCACAAAGACUCAUCCAGGCCCAGUUGUACAUUUAAGUGAUAGCCCAAGAGACGAAGGAAAACUGUUAAUAGGUUAUGAAAAUGGUACUGUAGUAUUCUGGGACUUGAAAUCUAAGCGGGCAGAGCUGAGAGUUUAUUACGAUGAGGCUAUUCAUUCAAUUGAUUGGCAUCACGAGGGCAAACAAUUCAUGUGCAGCCAUUCAGAUGGUAGCUUGACUUUAUGGAACCUGAAAAGCCCGAGUCGCCCUUUCCAGACCACAGUUCCACAUGGAAAAAGUCAAAGAGAAGGACGAAAGUCUGAGUCUUGUAAACCAAUUCUUAAAGUAGAGUACAAAACCUGCAGGAACAGUGAACCGUUUAUAAUAUUCUCUGGUGGGCUGUCAUAUGACAAAGCUUGCAGAAGACCAAGUUUAACCAUCAUGCAUGGAAAAGCAAUUACAGUACUUGAGAUGGAUCACCCCAUUGUCGAAUUUCUCACUUUAUGUGAAACACCUUAUCCAAACGAAUUUCAAGAACCCUAUGCUGUUGCUGUGCUUCUAGAGAAAGAUCUCAUCGUAGUUGAUCUGACACAGACCAAUUUUCCAAUCUUUGAGAACCCAUACCCAAUGGACAUUCAUGAGUCACCAGUUACAUGCACAGCAUAUUUUGCCGAUUGCCCUCCUGAUUUGAUUCUAGUACUCUAUUCUAUAGGAGUCAAGCACAAAAAACAAGGAUACAGUAACAAGGAAUGGCCAGUCAGUGGAGGAGCUUGGAAUCUUGGAGCACAAACUUAUCCAGAAAUUAUUAUUACUGGUCAUGCUGAUGGAUCAAUAAAAUUUUGGGAUGCUUCAGCAAUGACACUACAGAUGUUGUACAAGCUAAAAACUUCAAAAGUAUUUGAAAAGCAGAAGGUGGGAGAUGGCAAGCAAACAUGUGAGAUUGUAGAGGAAGAUCCAUUUGCUGUCCAGAUGAUUUACUGGUGUCCAGAGAGCAGAAUAUUCUGUGUAUCGGGAGUCUCUGCAUAUGUCAUAAUUUAUAAAUUCAGCAGACAUGAAAUUACAACAGAAAUAGCGUCAUUAGAGGUACGACUUCAGUGUGAUGUUGAAGACAUCAUUACCCCAGAGCCAGAAACAAGUCCUCCAUUUCCAGAUCUCUCCUCUCAACUUCCGUCUUCAAGGAGUCUCUCCGGAAGCACUAAUACUGUGUCUAGUGAAGGACCAACGAAGGACAGUAUCCCGUGCCUCAGUGUUAAAACACGGCCAGUGCGAAUGCCCCCGGGCUACCAAGCAGAUCUCGUUAUUCAGUUGGUGUGGGUAGAUGGGGAGCCACCUCAGCAGAUAACCAGCCUUGCUGUAAGCUCAGCAUAUGGAAUAGUUGCAUUUGGAAAUUGCACUGGGUUGGUUGUGGUGGAUUUCAUACAGAAGACAGUAUUGUUAAGCAUGGGGACCAUUGACCUCUAUAGAUCAAGUGACCUAUACCAGCGACAGCCCCGAUCUCCUCGAAAAAACAAGCAGUUCAUUGCAGACAACUUUUGCAUGCGUGGGCUGUCUAACUUUUAUCCUGAUUUAACGAAACGGAUCCGUACUUCCUAUCAGAGCCUAACAGAGCUGAAUGAUAGUCCAGUUCCCCUGGAACUUGAGCGCUGCAAGUCUCCCACUUCAGGACUUGCCAGCAGAACUCCUGAGGCAGCACCAGGCUUUUAUAGGAAUGAGAUACCUGCUGUGAGACAGAGGAAUCAAGUACACCACUUGCCAGACCAUGUAAAUGGACACUGCACAAGUCCAACUUCUCAGAGUUGCAGUUCUGGAAAACGUCUUUCCAGUGCUGAUGUUUCAAAAGUAAAUCGCUGGGGUCCUGGACGACCACCAUUUAGAAAGGCACAGUCAGCUGCUUGCAUGGAGAUUUCUUUACCAGUUACAACUGAAGAAGCCCGAGAGAAUUCCUACAGUCGCUCCAGGAGCUCCAGCCUCUCCAGCAUUGACAAAGAUUCUAAAGAGGCCAUCACGGCUUUACACUUCAUGGAAUCCUUCGCGCGGAAAAAUGACUCUACCGUUUCCCCGUGUCUGUUUGUUGGAACUAGUCUGGGAAUGGUGUUACUCAUCUCCCUAAAUCUGCCACCAUCAGAUGAACAGAGGUUUACGGAGCCGGUGAUGGUGUUGCCAAGUGGUACAUUCCUAUCGUUGAAAGGAGCUGUGCUAACAUUCUCCUGCAUGGACAGAACUGGCAGUUUAAUGCAGCCCCCAUAUGAAGUAUGGAGGGAUCCAAACAACACAGAUGAAAGCGAAAAGACAGGGAAAAGGAAACUGGUCAUGAACUACUCUUCUUCAUCCCAAGAAAUAGGCGACCAUCAGUACACGAUCAUCUGCUCAGAAAAACAAGCCAAAGUCUUCUCACUGCCUUCUCAGACCUGCCUUUACGUCCACAACAUCACAGAGACAUCGUUCAUAUUGCAAGCAGAUGUGGUGGUCAUGUGCAGCAGUGCCUGCUUGGCCUGCUUCUGUGCGAACGGGCAUAUCAUGAUAAUGAGCUUGCCCAGUCUUCGCCCAAUGUUGGAUGUUAAUUAUUUGCCACUGACAGACAUGAGAAUAGCACGGACAUUUUGUUUUACUAAUGAAGGACAGGCAUUAUACCUUGUCUCUCCUACUGAAAUUCAACGGUUAACAUAUAGCCAAGAAAUGUGUGAUAAUAUUCAGGACAUGGUAGGCGAUUUGUUUACUCCCAUAGAGACACCAGAAGCUCAAAACAGAGGCUUUCUCAAGGGACUAUUUGGUGGAAGUGGACAGACAUUUGACAGAGAAGAACUCUUCGGGGAAGCUUCGGCAGGAAAAGCAUCGCGCAGCCUUGCACAGCACAUUCCUGGACCAGGCAGUAUAGAAGGGAUGAAAGGCGCUGCUGGCGGGGUGAUGGGAGAGCUCACCCGAGCCCGAAUUGCACUUGAUGAGAGAGGACAGCGGCUGGGCGAGCUGGAAGAGAAGACUGCCGGCAUGAUGACGAGCGCAGAAGCGUUUUCCAAGCAUGCGCACGAGUUGAUGCUGAAAUAUAAGGACAAGAAAUGGUACCAGUUCUAAUCUUCUGAAGAAGCUGUGACUGCUCUGAGAAACUAUUAUUCAGGGAAACCAAAUUUAUUCCCAGCACCACUAUUCAACUGCUAGAAACCAGUUUCUUCUACAAAAUGUUCCAUUAUAGUCCAUCUGAAGUUAUCAUAAAGGAGACUUAUCAAAGGCAAAGACGCUGAACAACAUAAAGGCUGGAACCCCGGUUACAACCCCAAGAUAAUGGCUGAAUUUGUCUUUUCCCCAUGUGGAAUGGAUGUUAUCCUCUUGGCAUGUAAUUUGCUGAGAAUUUAUGUUUGGAAACUAUGGGGAGUCCUUUUGAUUUGAAAUUUCCUGUACAAACAAAAGCAUUAAUGCACUUAAUGAAAAAAAAUCUUUGCAUGAUAAAUUAACAUCUUAAGAGGAAAAGAAACAAAAGCAUGUUAUAACAGAAGAAAAAGGAUUUAUGGUAAACUACUUUUAUGAAUUGGGCCACACCCAACAAUUUAAAAAUCUGCAUUAGAAGAUAUCAGUGCAUUUCAAGUGUAUUUAUCAUUCCCAACUGAAAGAAAUCAAAACAAACCCAGAAUUUUCUUCUUAUCUGAAACUUUCCUUAUUAUACUAGGACAUUACUGAAUACUCACAGCAAGAAUAUGAUUAACAUUUUUUUCUCUCUCCAUAGUAUUUCACAUCAUUUACAGCUCUUAUUCAUAAUCAAGUAUUGCUAGUAUAGUGAAAUAUUACCAACACUUUGAUUUCCAUUUCUGCUACCCUCAAGAUGAAUUCCUAUUUUUAGUCAUAAACCGUACAGGGUUGAAUCCUCAAAGCAUUUUUUUUCAGCCUGGUUUACAUUCUACAGAGGAGUUGGCGAUAAGUUUGCAGAAACUAGACUAUAGGAACAAUGCAGUUAGCUUUGAGAACUGAUUUCACAAAGAGUGGAAUUUCACAUACCCCAAUUUCAGUUUCCAAAGUGAUAUAUUUUUAAAGCUCCAUUUGUAUCCUUCUCUGUCAUUUACACAGUAUAUUACUGUUCAAACCCAAAGGGUCUACAAUCCCAAGGUGCUUUUGCAGCCUGAUAGUCACAGACCAAACUGGUCAUUCUCUUCGACGUGAUUCAGUAAAACCUCAGCUAAUAUUUUGGGAAAGAGAUUCUGUUAUUUCGUUUCUGAUUCACAAGGGCUUUUACUAGAAAAUACUUUGGGGAUCAACACUUGUUGACAGAAACCUGUAUGUAACAGAGUGCUGUUUUAGCUAUGUUGGCCCCAGUCAUCAUGAUGGAUAACAGAAAUCCAUAGAUAAUUUAAAGAUGCAAAAUCAAUAAUUUUGUUGCUAAUUAAGGAUUAACAUAAGUAAAAGGAAUGUUCAGUAAACACCAAAUAUCUUCUUUAAAACUCUCAAAAGUAAAGAUCAGCUCUAGCAUGAUAAAAAUAGCCUGUCAUAACUCAGCAAAGAAGCGCUACAAAGAAAAAGAAAGACUCCUAUUUGCUCUAUUGGACAUGCUUGAAUGUCAGAAUCCUGGGACUCACCUAACAGUAUGUUCCUGUUUUCAAAGUCUUAAGUUAUGUGAUUGGUUUAUUGAGUUUUAAGGUCUUACUGGUUUACGUUCAUGUUUAAGAUAUCCCAUUUCCUUGAAUCCCAUUUAAUAGACAAAAUUAUUGUUUUCAUUGGUUUUAAUUUUUUUGUUUGAAGUAGUGCUUCCUUUAAAUUUUUCCCAGUAAUUUUGAAGAGAGAGCAGAGAGGAUAGAGAGAGCCAGAAAAUACACACAAGAAUAGUAUUUAUCAGAGUCUGAAUUCUGGUUUCCUAAAAAUAUCCCUCUGUAAAUCCACUUCCUACUAUAGCAUUAGUAUAAGAGAACUUGGCUUGGAUAAUAUACACAUUGUAUAAUAGACAAUCUGCAUUAAAAAAUAACAUUAAUGAAAUUUAAAGUCAGGACCUGGAAAACAACACCCACUUUAUGCUAUCUGUUUUAGGGACCUAAAUUUCUGUUUUUUCUGGAUACUUUAACAUUUCUACAUUUAAAAAUGACCUAGAAGAACAUUUCUAGGUCAUUUAGAAAUAGUGAAUUUCAACCCAAAGCAGUACUGGAUUCACUGAGAAUCUCUGAAGCUUCCAGCAACAUUUAACUUGUUUUAGAGAUGCAGAUCAGGGUAGAAAGCCUGCCCACCGUGUGGAAGACCACGGGUUCAAUCCUCGAUACCACAGGCAGGCACGCACCCCGACAUGCGUACAUACAAAUUCACUUGUUUUGAAGCAAGGGUUCUCAAUAGCAGCACCAUUAGCACAAAAUUCUGUCUAGCAUAUUAUGGGAUGUUAACAGUGUCCUUAGUUUCUGUCCUCUAGAUGCCAGUACAAACCUGCUAGUAAUGACAGUUAAAAAAAAAAAUAUUGCCCAAAUGCUUCCAGUUGAGAGCUACUAUUGCACAUCAUUUAAAGAGACUAGAGUUUGAAAUACAUGAAACAUUUCUUUCCAGAAAACAGCAUUCAAUAAGAGCACAUCAUCUUAGCAAGAGAAGUUCUGCCCCAAAUUUCAUGUGUGAUUCAUAUGCAGUUUUGGAGAAAUCAGUGAACUAACAACUGUAGAUUAUUUCAAAGCACACAGAGAAUAUAUCAAAAAGAACACCACAUUUCACAAUAGACAUACUUAAAAUUCGGGCUGCAGCAAAUACAUCAAAAAGUUUAUAAAUAGACAUCAUUUGGAGUAGGUGCUUCUGACAUGCUUAAAAAGGACAAGUUCUCAUAAAUGUUUAAAGUUUAAAUGUGCUUACAAAAUUAUUUGCUGAACCCUUUCUUACAAUAAGAAUAGUUUAUCCCACAAACCAAUGAUUAGCAGAAUCCAAAUUAAUGAGGUUUUACUGUAUCAAAAUUAUUUUUAUAAUUCAAAGAGAUAGCAAUAACAAUGAUUUAACCAUGGGUGUGAUUUUUCUCUUUGAACUUUUCUGUUCUGUUGCAUUAACCUUAACACACACACACACACACACACACACACACACUUGCCGCCACCACCAUUUUGUCAUCAUUGCCAUCUUAGGGAAAUGAGUAAUGUUGAUACACAUAAGAUUUUGCAUUUUUCUCAUCUCUCUUCUGUCUUGGACCAUAAGAAAAACCACCCCCAGAAAUUUUAACAGAGCUGCGGAAGAUGACCCUAAGUCUUGGUUACCAUCCAAUUACAUUAUAUCAACAAAGUGGCAUCCGAAGAGAAGGCUUGCAAAGCACCAUGAGGACAAGGUGACCUUCCCUCCUCAUUCCUUCCUCAACAGAAAAGCCCUCCUCACUGCUCCAGCAGCAAUGGACCUUCCCUUCUGUUCGUCCCUAACGAGAGCAGUGCUUGUUCCCCUGCUCCCAGCAGUCAUGUAAGCAGUGAUACCGCCAUGAGAACACCCAUUUGUCUUGGGUUUGGGUGGAGGGCGAAUGGCUUAUCCGUUAUUUCAUGCCCCCGAAAACCUGCUUCUCUGAUUUAGCUUCCACACUUCUCUGAGGCCCAGACUUAGCACUCAGUCACCAGGAGGGUCAUUGUGCGGCGUCAGCUUCAAGUAUAUACAGUGGCAAAACCAAGAUGUUUUCCAUCAGUUCCACCAUAGAAAUGUUUCCCAACUCUCUUGGAAUAGAGUCUCAAUAAAACCUAGAUCUCCAUCCCCCCAAAAAUGUAAAGAGACCUUAAAAGGUGAAGUUCCCUUUUAUAUGGCCCACCAAUACCAUUUUAAAGGUAUCGUUUACCCAUUAUCUCUGCCAGUUUAAGAAAAUAAAGAGUAAGAUUAGGCCCAAGAUUUGUUGAAAAUUAAGCUAUGUUCUUUGAGAUACUUAGCGAUCAAGCAUUUUGGACAGAGUGGUAAAAAGAAGCCAGCCCGGAAAGAAACACUAAUAUUUUUCCCCCUUAGCCUAGGAAUAGGACAUUCUUUGUAUCACAAGCUCCCUUUGGCGGGGAGGGGGGGGUGUGUGCAAGCACUGUCUCCCUGACCACACUGGUUCACAGAGAGCAGUGACAAAGCCAGCGUAUCAGAUCAAGUCUGUGUGUUAGGAACAUCAGCGGCAAAGCUUCCGUCUCAGGUGGCGGUACCGUGUAUGCUCAGGUACCCGAGAUGGUUGUCACCGGCCUGGGCUCUCCUAUGCGAGAUCCCAGGAAGCACAUGCUAAAAAGACCGCAUAGCCCUGAAUGGAAGAAAUCGGUAAGGCCUCAUCUAGAAACGGGGGAGAAGGUGCAGGGUGGCGGGCGAGCGUGGGCGUGGGGAGGGAUAACGAGAGUCUGAAGCGCAGAUGUCGUGAUACACCCAGAAGCACAGGCGAAUGCCCUUAUUUACAUUGUUGUUGUUUUCCCCUGGAAAAAAGUGGUUGUCAGCUUUGGCUGUGUAUAACCAUCACUUGAGAUUUUAAAUACCCAAUGAUUUCAAAAUGUCUUAGACUGGGAACGGAAGAUCAGUAUUCUUGAAAGCCAUAAAAGUGGGUCCAAUGUCCAGCCAAAGUUGCUAACCACAGCUUUAAGAAAGAUUCUUGUCUUCCUUGGCUGAUUUUUAGCCCCUUCCAAGGGACCAAAGAAGGCAGAAUGUAAGAGACACAGUCUUGUUUUGAUUGGCAUUUCUUCUGUGCCUCUCACAGAGCAAAAGCGAGCCCACAUUUCUGAUCAGGCAGCUCCACUAAUUCUUUGUAACCCUAUAAUACGUCAUGUGACUUGAUCUUUAGUUAUUUAAGUCAAAGUUGUAAGUUUUGACUGUCUUUUACAUAAGACAACAGUAUACAAAACUUCAUGGUAAAAUUAAUUCUCAAUAUCCGGACAAUGAAAAUUCUCAAAAUAAUCAAUAAGUCGACUCCAAGCUUAUUACACGUCUUUCCUUGGGAGCAGACAGGGUGAUUGGCUCCUGUUCGGCUCUGGGCACCCUGCUGGAUCUGAUUUUAGCAAACAGGGAGAAAGCACUUCCUUGUUUGGUGGUUGUCUCAAAAGCUCCCAGGGCCACUUAAACGUGUUCUCUUACUUAUUGGGUUUGUGUGUAAAUGGAAAGUCACUCCCUGACCACCAGUGCCCUGAAAAAGUGCUUUCCCCCCAGAAAGGAAGAGUUCAGCCAAUGGAGGGUAAUAACACAGAGAAAACAUUCAGAGUCCUCUCCCCUCGUGCCACUUCCCCGCCUGUCUCAAUUGCAAAGCCAGAAGAUAAAAUAGGUGGUGGUUUCAGAUAGUUGUACACAGGAUCAAAAUCUCUAAUAACCUAUAAUUUUUAGUACUUAAUUAUGUGAUGUUUUAUUCUAGGAAAUAAGAGACAGACAACACCAUUGAUGUAUCUUUCUUUCAUCUUCAGAAUUUUUGCAUCUUUUCAAAAAAUGACAAAUUACUAUUUUUCUGUUGCAUUCAGCAAUUGUGACUAUACCUAAAAUUCUUGUAGUCUGUAGAGAUAUCAAUAAAAUUGUAUAUGUUUGUACAUAGAUGCUCUCUUAUGUCAUGAUGUCAUAUAGUAUUGAUUUUUGCCAAGAUUAAGUAGAUAGAGGUAAAGCCCUCAUUUGGAAAAUGAACUGUGGUUUUGCCAAGAAUGAAUGUUUUAAAAGACAUGGAGGGGAUGGGAGCAUAUUCAUGUGAGCAAAAAUAGAAAACAAAAUCCAAGUUCCUAACAUGUGUAGAUUGUGUCAGAAUAUAUUGAUUGAAAAGGGUUAGAAAUACUCAUUCACAUUUUCUAUCCAACUAGGGAUGUAUGUAACAGUUCAGUGAAAAAUUUAAAGACAACUUGCAAGGCUACUGAUUGAAUUGUGCCUGUGGUGGAAUAAAAGGGAAAGCAAGUUUCUUACUAGUAGCUCAAGAACUUAGACACCCGCACAGGCUUUGACUGCCUUUUUUUAACAGCCGAAGCUGAAAAAUGAAUCUAUAGUGAAUUUAUACUACCAUCUAGUGGUCAUGCUCAGCACUCCAACCCCAUCUGAUUUGUUCUCUUUCACCAGCGGCUUGAUUUCCCCUCUGGCAUUUUCUUCAGAUUUAUACUGGUGGCUUUAGCCAGCUAAGUUUAGUCUGCCAAGUUCUAGUUAUCUUAGGAAAAUUCUCCCUUCACCACGAGUUUUCUUCUACAGUUAGAUCUAUGUAAAACUGUCAACCAGACCUCUUGGCUAAAAAAAAUACUUCGGAGUGAAAGAACAAAUGCAUAGAUCCUCUAAAAUAUCAAUGCUAAUCUCUAUUUCAGAUUAUUUUUUCUUGGGAGGAUCAAUUUAUCUUUCAGUUACGACAGCUCAAGCCCACAACCUGCAUUCAACGUUUUCUUCUGCUUCUCCCUUCUUUUAUUUUCCUCCCUUCCUUCUUUCACCUUCUGUCACCUGAUUCUGCCUCCCUCUCUUUCCUGUUCCCCACUUCCUUCCUCAGGUCUUUUCUGCCAUUUGUUUUAUUUAAAGGGCAACCACACGCCGGAGCAGGUUAGCAGUGGCAACUUCCCAGGCAGAUUAGCCUCGCUGGGAUAGGCUCAGAGGAACGUCCACAGGAGGAGAGAGCCCGGUGAGAAGGCUAGAAAUGCUCUAGAUUUUGUUGCUGCUUCAUACAGGAAGGUAACUAAAGUUACGAUAUUUGUGUUCAAAAUGGGUAAAGGAGAGGAUUUUUUCUAAAUGUCCCACCACAAAGAGGUGAUAGUUGAAGGAGUGCUGGUCUCAUCAUGCUAAACUGCAUAUGUUUAUAAAAGUAUCAUCAAAUAUUCCAGGUCAAUAUAUAGUUAUUAUUUCUUAAUUAAAAACAAUAAAAGUUCGUAAAGAAGCCUGAUAAUGUUGGUGAGAAUUGGCUCUCGGUGUGACCUUUGUGUGUGUGCAUAUAUAUGUAUAAUUGUAUCUAUAUAAAUAUCUAUAUACAUAGAUAUACAUAUAAAUCCACAUCCUAUGUGUGUGUGAUGAAAAGGUGUGUGCAUGUUUUACGUAAAUAUUUCCUAAUUCUGAACGCUGAGAAGACUAGAAAGAUACACUCACAGCGACCAACACAACUAGCACCGGAUUUUGAUUUCCAAAUAUUCUUUCCUGCUAAUGUGCUGGCGUACCUUGAAGAGAAAGGCUGAUCCAGCUCUGGAAUGUGCUCUGCAUCAGAAAAUGAAGUCUCCAGCAAAAUGUGGCUACAUGUCAGACGCACUCAGAAUCAGCCUUCAAGAGCAUACACAGGCCAAGUCAGGGAUAAUUUAACCAAUAGGAACCUGUGAAUUCAUACAUAAGUGACUAUGAGGGAGAGAAAGUUAUUCCUUGCAAUAGAAUGCCAGCCAAUACAUGUAAAGGAAAUUUUAAGGUUUCUGUUAGAUAACUGUUGUUAUAAUAUGCUGGGCAAUAGCUAUCAGUCAGUGCUCAAACUAAUGGGGUGACGUAAGAGGUCAGUAUAGGGUGAUUUAUGUUGUCUCCAAGUAUCUUCAAAAAUAAUGUCAAAUGUUUUUUUUUUUUUUAAAUGUCCAUUCAAAAACACGG